AUGGGGUAUAAGGACAAGGAAGAUGUGCGUGGCUACAAAGAUGGUUUUUUGUCAACAGUAAUACGCCGCAGCCCUGAAAAGAAGAUCGUGAGAGGAAUUGGCUUGACGGUUUUCCUUGUUGUAUUCGUGUUCUUCUUCCACAGUAGCUUCUUCCCCUCGAAACUCGAAUUCAAUUUCGUUCCGAUACCUAUUCGACCAGAACGAUACCCAGUCUCGUCCAACAUCCCCCUACCAAGAGGGUCGAAGAAGAUACCAAAGAUACAACAUGCUCCUGUGGUGGAAACGCUGCGGGAAAAGAGGGUGAGAGAACAGCGACUGAGUGAAGUUCGAGAAGCAUUUUUGCAUGCGUGGGGAGGGUACAAGAAGGAGGCAUGGGCGAAAGAUGAAUUGAUGCCCAUCAAUGGCGGAUUCAAAACGCCUUUCUGCGGUUGGGCGGCCACAUUGGUAGACACGUUGGAUACGCUGUGGAUCAUGGAGCUAUAUGACGAGUUUGAAUUAGCUUUGGCGGAGCUGAAGAAUGUUGACUUUACACACAAGGAGGGAUGCCAGAUCAAUCUAUUCGAAACCACGAUUCGGCACCUUGGGGGUAUGCUUGCAGCCUGGGAUCUCACGGAUGGGAAGUAUCCAAUUCUGGUCGAGAAAUCUGUGGAGCUUGCGGAAGUGUUAUAUACCGCAUUCGAUACGGAAAAUCGAAUGCCUACUCCUCACUAUACGUGGUCUGCAACCGAUCCUGACGCGAAUGAUCAUUUACCCAGUCGAAGUAUCGUGCUAGCGGUUCUUGGAUCUUUGACAUUGGAGUUUACACGCUUGACACAGAUUACUGGAAAUGCCAAAUAUUAUGAUGCAGUUCAGAGAGUUAUGAAUGAGCUGGAAAAGUGGCAAGAUGUUACAGGUCUCCCAGGGAUGUGGCCAGCCAUGGUAGACUCCUCAAAGAUCAAUCAAACGAUUGCACUAGCUUCUCCUUAUGUUGGCUCUCGCGAACUAUAUACCCUAGGAGCACUAGCAGAUUCGACUUACGAAUAUCUACCAAAGCAAUUCAUGAUCCUUGGCGGAAAAUCUCCGUCAUAUAAAAUAAUGUAUGAGAAGUUUAUCGAGGUCGCAAAGAAGGAGUUGUUCUUCCGACCUAUGAACAUAGCUGAUGAAGACAUCCUAAUUUCCGGAGCAGUCAAUCGAGUGGCAGGAGAGGCAGUUGAGCUCAACCCAGAGUUACAGCAUCUCUCAUGCUUUACAGGAGGAAUGGUAGCCAUCGCUGGUAAAAUAUUCAACCGCCCAGACGAAGUCAAGAUUGGAGCCAAGCUUGCUGAUGGCUGUGUCUGGGCUUAUAAGAGUACGAUUUCAGGUAUUAUGCCUGAAACCUUCACAGCCGUACCUUGUAAAGAUAAGACCGAAUGUCCGUGGGACACCCAAAAAUGGCUUGACGCAGUCGACUCAACAGCGGAUGAGGAAGGAGUCCGGUACAAAAUUGGCUAUGAGAAAUUAGCACCUGGCAUGACUGGUAUCCAGGAUGGUCGCUAUCUACUUAGACCUGAAGCGAUUGAAUCCGUCUUUAUCCUACAUAGGAUCACAGCAGAUCCCUACUGGGCUAACGCUGGGUGGAACAUGUUCAAAUCCAUCAUGGCACAUACCAAGACGAACCUCGCUCACAGCGCCAUCGAUAACGUGAUGGACGCGAUGCCCAAAAAGGUGGAUGAGAUGGAGUCUUUUUGGCUCGCGGAAACGCUUAAAUACUUUUAUCUGCUCUACAGUGAGCCGAAUGUUGUAAAUUUGGAUGAAUAUGUUUUAAAUACCGAGGCGCAUCCUUUGAGGAGACCAAGGUGA